AUGUUGAGAUGGUUAUUCAAAUCUUCAACUGAUAAAUCAUUCGAUGAUAUUAUGCCUGAAGAGACGCAAAGUGCAAGAGAUGAUGAUCGAAAGAAUUUGGAUUGUACUGAAGAUUUUUUGUUUUUGGAAUUGGUUGUCGCUGAAGUUGAAAUGGCUGUGGUAGAAUUCGAAAUUGAACAGGUUCGUGGGUGGAAAAAACUAAAGAAAUUAUGAAAUUUUAGAAGGAAAUCGAAUAUUUUACAAAAAAUUUGAGAAUUUUCGAUAUUUUUACCUUUUGAAAAAUUAUCCGAUUGUUUUUACACCAAAACUUAAUGCUCAUCCAAUUUUUUUUCAAAAUCCUAAUCCAAUUUUUUCCAGGAUCUAAUAGAAGAAGCGGCUCGUAAAACUCGAAAAGGUCCCGAUUAUUCCUGGCUCGCCGACAAAUCUCAAAAACCCAAAAAAUAUUUGUCAAGCAAGGAAAAAAAUCGCAUCGAAAACGCUUGUGAUCGACUGAAACCAUGUGAAUGGAGUAAAACUAUCGAAAAUUGGAAGAAAACUAUCAAGGUUAGAUAUUUCAUUUCAAAUUUUCAAGAAUAUGAGUCAAUUAUUUUAUUUUUGUUGGCUUCUUGACAAGUCUAAUCUCUCUAUCCGCCACAAAUCCAAAAACUAAUCCGAUUUUAAGAAAGAUUAGAAAAAACACGGAAAAAUGAAAAAAAAACAGAUAAAAAAUAUUAAAUUAAUUUUCAGAAUGCUUCAAGUCGCGAUAAUAUUAUUGACCAAUUUAUUCAUUCAACUCAUGAAACACUUCAAACUCGAAAACAUGAUCCAACAAUUUCCGAAGUUUUGAAAAAUUAUGCAACUGGGAAAUCGAUGAGUUCAGUGAAACCGGGUGGAAAUGAAUCACCAAGAAGUAUUGCACAAUUAUCCAUUUUUGAAUUACAACAAAUUGUUUGA